UGCCGGUCUAUGAUUUAGGUUAGAAUUGACCGUUCAAUAUUGGAAAUUUUAUUACCGUAAAAAGAUACAGAAUUAUAGAGAAUUUAAAAAUUAUAAACGAACUGUGAAAUGAUGAGAUGUGCAAACUUUGGAAAUGGCAAAAAAUCACAUUCAAGUGCGAAAAGAGGUAUAGAUAAUGUAGCAAUGACGACGAGUGACAAGGUAAACAAGAAGAAUGAUAAGAAGAUUGACUCUCCUCAAAGUUGCCAAGAACAAUCAACCUCUGGUCACAGCACGCCAGUCAUGAAGAAACGAAACACAAAAGCGGAUAAAGAAGCCUCUCCGGAUUUUGAUUAUUCUCCAAGCCCGAUCUUACCUACAUUCACUCAGGAAGGUGGUAAUGAGGUUGCAUGGGAUUGGCAAAGUUCUAUGAGCAGGACUCCUGAGAACAGCAGUAAGAAACAGAAUGUCCACUGUGAAACUCCAAAGGGUACUAAGUUGCUGCAAAGGAAGAGGAUUUCGAACUCGCCUUUGUUGUAUAAACCACUCAAGAGAAAAACUAUCAAGAUGGAAAACAUAGAAAACAUUGGACAAUUUGCAGCUGAGCUACAGGCAUUGAACGAAAGAAUGAGAGUUAUAAAACAAAACGACAAUAAUCACUCGAAUGAUUGUGUCGAAAAAAAAGAGGUGCCAACGUUAACGAACAUAAGCGACAAGGAAGAAAUGUCAAAAGUUCAAGAUGACAAGCAGAAUAGUGUCGAAAAACACAGUAACGAUAACGAAAAGAGAAACGAUAGUGUCGAAGAAACAAAUGAUCAUAGCAACACCAAUAAAAAGGAAAUUAGCGGAACUUAUGACGAUUUAUUUGAUGAUUCUGUAGAUGACGAUAUAAUCAGGUGCACUCAAGAGAUAGAGAAGAAAUUCAAUUUGGAAAGAGGGAAUUCUACUCAAUUGCAGAUCAAAAAAGAAGAUUCAUGCAAAAAUGAUGUAUUUAAUAAGACAUCUGUACAGUCUAGUUCCAGUGAGAAUUGUAAAAAUCAAUUAAGAAGUGUUCGCUUAUGGGACAAUAGUUCAUUAAAAACAUAUUCAAAGUUUUCAUUGAAACGAGAUGCAAACUCUAGUAUACACUCUACAGUGCAGAACAGUAAAGAUACGUAUAAACUAUGUCUAAAUAAUAAUAAUACAAUACGUUCCUUUGCCAGAAAAUCAUGUGAUAACAAAAAACUGUCAAAAAGUAAUACGGUAGACUUAUAUGAUUUUCAUAACGAUUCUUUUGACGAUUGGUUAGCGUCGUGCGUUGAAGAAGAGAAAUUACUUCCGAAAUCUAUAUCCUCAACUCAUAAAAACGAUAGCACGAAAGUCCAAGCCAAUUAUAAGCAUUUGACUAAUGCGCCGUUAAAGUCGGAAGUUAAAUCCGCUGACUCAUUUAAACCUAUGACAAAGUCUGAAACGUCUAACGCUAACUAUUUACAGAAUAGAAAAUUCUUUAAAACUAAGAGCUUGUCAGAACAACCUGUUAAUCGGGACACAAGUGCUAAAGACUCGCGUGCUUCCGUAAGUACAAAACCGAUUGUUACAGAUGAUUGUAAGGCUGAGAAUAAGGCAAUUUCGUUAAUGCAUAGCGUGAAUCGAAUGCGUGGGUCCGAUGUUAACAGGUGCGCGGUAAAAAGCGAUGGUAAUCAUUUCAUUAAGCAUCAUUCUACCGGUAAUAUGAAUAACGAUACACGGGAAACGGCGAAUAAACCUGGUUCACAACCCAUAACACAAUGUACUGCGGAAGAGAUCGAAAGAAAGAGAUUGCAGGCCGUAGCGAGGCUCGAGGCGAGAAGAAAGUUACACUUCACGAAGAUUACAAAUAAUAUCAAUAGGUGA